GCCUAUCUUCCGAGUUUUCCUCCUUUUUGCCUUUGAGACCAGUAACCGCUCCCGCCAGCUCAAGAUCAGCUCCUCUUCCAGCCUCUUUCUGUCAAUUCUGCCCGUGCCCCCUUCUUUGCAUUCGUAUCCCCUCCCCCAAGUCCGCUCCAAUCCAAUCCGGAGACUCGACUCUGCCCCCGGACUCCAGACUAAAUCCGUUCCUCGGCUCGGCAAAGCAGCUCUGCACGUCCCUUCCCACUUGCUCAGCCAAUCGCUGGCCUCGGCCCCGCCCCUUUGGGCUGGGCCCCUCUCAUGCCACCAAUCCGCGCCUUUUGUCCCGCCCUCUGCCCGCGAGUCCACCAAUCCCGCCCUUCGGAAAGCGUGGUCUGGUAUCCAGCUGCUGGAGCGGGUCGCGCUGGAGGGGGGCGGAGGCGGAAGUGGCGGUGCCGGGCCCGGGGAGUAGGAAGAAGCCGGGGCUGUAGCCGGAGUGGAGCGGCUGCCAGCCGAGGAGCAGGCGCGGCUGCGGCGCCAUAUUGCGGCCCUCAGCGGCCGCGACCGAGUCAUGGCCGAGACCUACGGUCGGUGACGCGGAGUUAUUACCGAGGGGCAGCUGGAGCCCUGCUGGUGUACGACAUCACCAGCCGGGAGACGUACAACUCACUGGCUGCCUGGCUGACGGAUGCCCGCACCCUGGCCAGCCCCAACAUCGUGGUCAUCCUCUGUGGCAACAAGAAGGACCUGGACCCUGAGCGGGAGGUCACUUUCCUGGAGGCCUCCCGCUUUGCCCAGGAGAAUGAGCUGAUGUUUCUGGAGACCAGCGCUCUCACAGGUGAGAACGUGGAAGAGGCGUUCCUCAAGUGUGCCCGCACCAUCCUCAACAAGAUUGACUCAGGCGAGCUAGACCCCGAGAGGAUGGGAUCUGGCAUCCAGUACGGGGACGCGUCCCUCCGCCAGCUUCGGCAGCCUCGGAGUGCCCAGGCCGUGGCCCCUCAGCCGUGUGGCUGCUGAGCCUUGUGGAGCCAGCUCACCUGUUCUUCAGGACCAGCCCUGCCCUUCCGGCCGGGGCCCAGGCCCAGGCCCAGGCCCAGGCUCCGAGAGGCCAUGUCCCAACCUGCCCUGGCCCCGGAGAAGCUGCGCCGCCACCUGUCCCCCUUCCUUGGUGGGGCCUGGCUUUGGGGCAAGACUGAGUCACGGGGGAAGGGGGAUCCCGUACCUGCUGCUGCUUCCUCUGUCUUGGCUAACCUCUGUCCCCCUGAACCCCUAACCAUACCCCAAGAGCUCCCAAAGCCUGAGACCAGGGUCAUUUGUCCCUACCUCCCCGCCUGGCCCUGCUGUUGCUAGUACCUGUUAUUUAUUACCUGGAGGCCUGUCCAGCACCCACCCUACCCCCAUAAAGCAUUGUUUACACCUGU